AUGAAUGACUCGCAAUCCAUCGUGACAAUACAUUCAAAAAAUUUUUCGAAAUUGUCGGUUGUCGCGUCGCUCUUAUGUCUCGCAAUAACUUCACACGCUCUUCCGUGUGAGAAGAAGGUGGAUGACAUCAAGCAUGUUCUUCUCAUUUCAGUUGACGGUCUCCACCAAAAGGACGUUGACUCAUUCUCCAAAUCAAACCCCGACUCAACUAUCGCCAAGCUUCUGCACACUGGUGUCUACUUUAACAAUGCUUCAACCUCAAAACCUUCUGAUUCUUUCCCUGGUCUCAUGGCUCAAGUGACCGGUGGAAUACCAGCAACUACUGGGGUUUGGUACGAUAAUGCAUGGGAUGGCUCAUUGUUCCCGGCUGGGUCCAACUGUAAGGGAACACCCGGUAUCCCUACUACUUGGGACGAGUCACUUGACUUUAACUCUACCGCAGUCUUCACAUCUAUCAAUGAUAGUCUCCUCCCAGAGAGACUCGUUGAUGGAGAAUGUGUAAAGGUGCAACCAUACGAAUUUCUCCGAGUUAAUACCAUCUUUGAGGUUGCUAAGAAAUAUGGUCUGGUAACAGCUUGGACCGAUAAAUUACCUGCCUAUUCGAUCAUCAGAGGACCUUCUGGAACUGGUGUAGAUGACUUGUUUGUCCCCGAAAUUAGUGGUGUCAAUAAAACAAAUGUCACUGCAGUUGAAGGUUACGAUGAACUUCACAUCAAAGCCAUACUCAACUGGAUCAACAGUCUAAAAGCAGAUGGCUCACCUUUUAGCGUUCCAGCCAUUUUCGGUGGCAAUUUCCAAUCCGUUAGUGUAGCUCAAAAAUCAACCGCCGGAGGUUAUUUGGAUGCCAAUGGUACCCCUUCUGCUGUACUUAAAGGGGCCCUCGAAUAUGUCGAUGAUGCUCUUGGACAAUUUGUGGACGCUUUGGACAAAAAGGGCUUAUUAGACUGUACAAUAAUUAUCAUUUCCGCGAAACAUGGUCAAUCUCCCAUCGAUAGAACAAAAUUAAAGGAAAUUCCUAAGGCAACUUUAUCCGCUCAGGUCACUGUUCCGAUUAAUCAAUUGACAGUCGAUGAUGUUGCAUUAUUCUAUUUGAAAAAUCAUAACGAUUCUGGAGUUGCUGCGAAACAACUUCUUGCAAACGCCACUCUUCUCGGUAUUACGACAUUGUACGAGGGACAAAGUCUGAUAGAUGAAUUUCACUGUAACCCAUGCGAAGAUUCUCGAUGUCCCGACAUCGCCAUUAAGACAAACGUUGGUAUCAUCUAUAGUACAGCACCCAAGAUUGCUGAACAUGGUGGUUUCAAUGAAGAUGAUCUCCAUGUUCCAAUCAUCGUUUCGCAUCCUACAUUUGAAUGCAAAGUUGACUCCACCUUUGUCGAAACCCGAUCCAUUGCACCCUUCAUUCUCUCUGUUUUGGGCAUGGAUCCGAACGAAUUAGAGGCCGUCUGCAAGGAUCAAACUCCAAAUCUUCCAUUAUUUGAAUAA